GGCGUCAUCGACAGGGGCGCGCGCGAGAUCCUCAAGCGCAAUUGGAGGCUGCUGCUCGAGUCAAAUGAAAAUGGCGACCGCCGGUUCCGCAGAUCCGGGCUUCACUGCCCCCCCAGGGUCCAGUCGAAAAACUGCUUCACCAGAGGGCCCAGGGUCGUCUCAGAGUAUGAAGAAGACUAUUGGUCAUCGAGGGAUUGACCCCACUGGAGAGACCACUUACAAAAAGACAACCUCUUCUGCCCUGAAAGGAGCCAUUCAGCUUGGUAUUACCCACACUGUGGGAAGCCUGAGCCAGAAAGCUGAAAGAGAUGUUCUUAUGCAGGACUUCUAUGUAGUAGAAAGCAUUUUCUUUCCUAGUGAGGGCAGCAAUCUGACUCCUGCACAUCACCAUGGUGACUUCCGGUUUAAGACUUAUGCACCCAUUGCCUUUCGUUACUUCAGAGAACUCUUUGGCAUUCGACCCGAUGACUACCUGUACUCUCUGUGUAAUGAUCCACUGAUCGAACUGUCGAAUCCUGGUGCGAGUGGCUCGAUCUUUUACGUCUCCAGCGAUGACGAGUUUAUUAUUAAAACAGUCCAGCACAAAGAAGCUGAGUUCCUGCAAAAGCUACUGCCAGGAUACUUCAUGAACCUGAACCAAAACAAACGGACGUUGCUGCCCAAGUUCUAUGGACUGUACUGUGUGCAGGCAGCAGGGAAGAACAUACGCAUUGUGGUGAUGAACAACCUUCUGCCACGCUCUGUACCAAUGCACCUCAAAUAUGACUUAAAAGGCUCCACUUAUAAGCGUCGUGCCUCUCCCAAAGAGAGGGAAAAAACUGUGCCCACUCACAAAGACCUUGACUUCGUCCAGGACAUGCCUGAGGGAAUCCAACUAGAGCCAGACAACUACAAUGCUCUCAGUAAGACCAUCCAUCGAGACUGCCUGCUGUUGCAGAGCUUUAAGAUCAUGGACUACAGUUUGUUGGUUGGAAUCCACAAUGUGGAUCAGGCGAGCCGUGAGCGUCUCGGUGCAGGGGAAAGCUGCAGGCCGGUGGAGGGGGCAGUCACACCUGACCAGAAGAGACCUCAGGUCCAAAAAGCCCUGUACAGUACAGCUAUGGAGUCUAUCCAGGGAGAGGCACGCGGGAAGGGCACAGUGGACAGCGAGGACCAGUGGGGAGGUAUCCCAGCUCGGAACAGUAAAGGAGAGCGGCUGCUGGUUUACAUUGGCAUUAUUGACAUUCUGCAGUCGUACAGAUUCAUCAAGAAGUUAGAACAUUCCUGGAAAGCACUGGUUCAUGAUGGGGACACUGUGUCUGUUCACCGGCCAGGCUUCUAUGCAGAGCGAUUCCAGCGCUUUAUGUGCAACACAGUAUUUAGGAAAACAAUGAGGUCAUCGCCAUCGAAAAAGAGCCGUUCGGGUUGUCAGAGUGUGGCUCGGAGGCUGCCCAUGGGCACUGCUUUCCCGAGUGCCCAGUCCAGCAGCCACAUGCUUCUUAAUGCUCAACUCGUCUAUCGUUCCCACUUUACUCACAGUGACCCAGACGUUGAAAUUGGUGUGCAGUCGGGCAGACCUGACCUUCUCCGGAGCAUGCCUUCCCAGGCUGGAACCUCGAGUGAAUUUGAAGUAACUGAUAUGCCUAAUCCCUCAGUGCCCCCAAUGAGGUCAGUAGGAGUGGAGGUGCACAAAUCUGCAAGCACAGAACCUGAUGGCAACACUUUUCUCAGUUUGGGUGAUGCAGUUGGAGACGAGCAGAUGAGUAAUGAAGAUGCCAUUUCUCUCAAAGACAUCAUCCCAGAGACCAACAUUUGUUUUUAAGACUGCCAGAAAACGUGAUGCAGAAAAAGAGGGAGACGAGAGCCUUGGAUCAACUGAAUGAUAAGCCGUCUCUCCCUGUGAGAAGGAGAGGAAGGAUUUCCAAACCUUUGGAGGGACACCCCAGUGGGUAUGGGAAGGAGAACGUGAGCGAUAGACUCUUCUCUUUCUCCAACACUGGUAUGCUGCUAUAACUCCACCUGUUGAGUACACAAUUCCUUCCCUGGAAAAGUCACCUCCGGUCUCGCACUGCACGUUGUUAAGAAACACAUAGACUUUGGUCUUUCCCUUGAAACACAGUGUUGCUCCUACAUACAUGUACUGAGAAAGAAGACUGGUGAUUAUUUAUUCUAUCAAUUCUGUUCUGAUUUUGCUCUAUUUUUGCAAACUGCAAACAAAUUAUAUUGGUAUUUCAUACUGGGUGUUAAUGCUCUUUUUAUGUCACAGUAUUAGUUAAAUACUCCGGUGGGCUUUUUACUUUAUUCCCAUAAUUAUGAAGAUGAUCUGCUUUUGCAGUAAUGUGUAGAAGAGAUAUGUUAUUUGCCGUUUAACCUGUAGGGUUAUUUCAGAAUGAUGCAUCUUCAGUCCUGCUUAAAGACCUCAUCGCUGAAGAAAAGGAUGCUGGAGCAAAUCAAAAUGUGUGCUCCUGUUCAGUAAUUAGUCACUCAAGCCCUACUGUGAAUGGGGUGAUCUCUAAACUGUUAUUACUGCGAUCUACCUGGUAUAUGACUGUUCAAAAAUCAGUUACCUGUGUAGUUUUUCCCCCUCUCAAAAAUGAAGAAGCAAAUAUUCUUCUUGUGCUUCUCUGUUCUGCUAGUGUCUUAAUCUGUGUUUUGGUGCCAAUCACUGUUAUUUUCUAUUGACUUUUUCUUAUUCUACUCUUUGGCUGUCCUAAUUUGUGUAUGCAUUUGAAAAUCUUCUAAGCUUUUUUUUUUUUUUGUCAAUCUUGAGUGUUUCUAUUCUUUUAAAUGGACCAAUCAGUAGUGUAGAUUCAUUAGUGGAUAGGCAGGCUUGCUUGUUUUUAAUGCCAAUGGCCUUCAAUCCAUUGAUUUGUACUAUAAUCUGUAAAUAGUUAUGUAAAUAUUAUUCACUUUUGUGUGUUUGCAUACCUAUUAUAAAGACUAAUAUGCUUUUAUGAAGCAAUAUGUAUUCUAAACUAACAGAUUAACAUGUUUAUUUGUUAUACUUUCUUGGCAUGCCUUAUGUCUGCUUCACUAACUGUGCACUCUUAUAAGAGCCUGCUCAUUUCUGCUGGAUACGGAAAUUACCUACAUUCGGUACAUUACUUAUGCAAGUGGUCAUUUCAGUGUGACAGUAAUCAUUAUAGUAAUUUUUGUUUCAUUUAUUUAUCUCAUUUUAAAAUUUCAACUCUGUGCAACUUAUUGUGCUUUGCUUUAUUUCUCCCUGCAUUAUAUUGUAACAUAAACCUUUUUCCAGAAACACCUACACAAUUUUUUUUCUAACACACACACACAAAUUAUCCAGUUAUACAUUGUUGUUGUUUGAGCAUUAUUCUGCACAAAAUGUGUGAAGGAAGGUUUUUUAAAUAUUUUUUUAUUAAAUUGAUCAUAGACAAAAUCUUGUAACCCGGACAUGGUGGGUAUAUAUAUAUAUGCUAAUAUAUAUAUGGUGUUCCGCUCAAACUAAAGGCUGUGUCCAUGCACCAGGUAGGGGUUGUUUUUUUGUUUGUUUGUUUGUUGUUGUUUUUUUUUUAGGUAUUCUGAAUGAGUGGAAUGUGUUACCACCUGUUCUGGAAUUUUUCUGAAGUUCAUAAGAUACUAAGUGGCUGAAGGUGCAUGAGUAUGUUUGAAUGUGCGUUAACAGUGUGGGACUUUAACUUUUCUUAUCGAUAUAGGUGCUGUACUGGUUUGGUCACUUGAACACACUUGGUGUUCUCUUUAGUAAUUGGUGUACUCUUCAAAAAUGAUGAAGGGGAAAUUUACUGUGGCCAAAUUGCUGCUUCAUCCUGUUCUUUCAAAUACACUAAGUUGGUAAUGGCACAAUUUGCAUCACAUGACACUGCUGCUGUUUUGAGCAUCUACCUGACAGGUUACCUUCACGCUCUCCUUGUUAAUUUCAUCUUUCUUUUCCAUGCCUAUUAAACUCCCAUCUAAAUUAACGGGAUUCACAUCAUGCAUCUUGCAUGUAGACAAGCCAGGCUCAUCCUAAAAUAGUAAGCUAGCCAAUUUUGUUUUUUAAGGCUGUUUUGUUACAUGAAAAGCCUUUAAAGUUAUCCUCAAUGAAUAUUUCUUGAGCAAGCUCUAUCUCGGAGUUGAAUAAAACGUGAACAUUUAAUCGUCUUCAGAAUUGCUUGGACAUUGUUACAGUUUUGGCCACCAGGGUGCUGGAUAUCCAGAAACGAUCCUAACUGAAUACAGUAAAUGUAUUCAAGGGUGUCGUAUGGAGUGAUAAAUGGAGUGUGUCAACUGUGCACCAAACUCAGAGAAUACUUGAUAUUGCCAAAUACUAUUUGUAAAUACUGUUUGUGUGUAGGAGGGAUACAAUCUAAACAGAGCUUCAAGAUUUAAACAGGAUUUUCAAAAGUGGACACAAUUGGCAUGUUUGGCCUUAAUGACCCUAACAAUUUCUUCUACAAUUGCUAGUGUCACUUGUCUUUAGGUUUUUUUUUUUUUUUUUUUUUUUUUUAAAUAAACUAGCUGAAAUCUUUGUAACCAUGAUUAACCAGUGUUCUAAUUAGAGUAACAUGACAGUUAAAGAGAGCAUGCCUUAUCCUGUUGACAAAGCAAGUGCAAAAUGUACUACAUUGGUUGAAGGUUCCUGCACUUUAUGCUGUCAUGGUUUUAUAUCUUUAACUGCAUUGUUUCACUGUGCAGUGUAAUGCCUUAUGUGUAUGUACUCAAAGUUUCAACCAACCAAUCAGCUUGCGUAUAUAUAUGUGUGUGUGUGUGUGUGUGUGUGUGUGUGUGUGUGUGUGUGUGUGUGUGUGUGUGUGUGUGUGUGUGUGUGAGUAAAAUUUUCAAGUUCUUGUUUUGCUUGCGUUUCUUGAUGCGCGUGUAACUCCAGUGCCCUGAUCAAGGCAGGGUUACAUAGUCAUGUAACAGAUGCCUGUAGACUCCUUUAUGUCUGUGUGGUUCAAAUUUGUGUUAACUGAAUGAUGAGUGAGUAGUCAGCUAAUGCUCUUGUCUAGAAGUCUUUUUUUGCAGUAUUUUAAUUUUACUGCUACAGACUUGUGGUGAAACUGACUAAUGCACAACAGACACAUCAGUCUUGCACAAUUCACACAGGGUAAUAUGCUGGCAACAAAGACACUACCAUAUGAACUAUUGCAAUAUUACAUUUCUGCCAGCUUAUGUUGUUGUAACUAUAUUUAUUAGGAAACCAUUUUUGUACCUUGUAUGAUUGUAUGAAACCUAAUAUUCUUUGUAAAAUAGACAAUUGUUUGAAUGCUGUAAAGCAACAGAAAGUCUGACGUUGUACACUGUAUUUGUUGUGUUUUAAGAUAUUAUAUAUAUUACACACUUUUUGUAAAAACAUGAAUGUCUGGUGGUUUCAGGAGUUGAAUGAUUGCCUAUAUUUUUACUCAGCUUGUGUAUAAUGUGUACAUGUACUGUAUAUAAGCAGCACACAAACCCGCCCUGCCUAUCUCCCCAUCAUGUUAAUCACCUGCCUUUCCUGCCAAUUUAAUCUGGUGGUGGGUUUUGUUUUUUCAUAUUGUCAUUUAGAUUUGAAAUAGGCUAAUAAAUUUUUCAACUUUU